AUGGAAUAUAGCCGACCUGCGCAGGAAUCCAGCUUGAGGAGGAAGCCAGUUUCCACACGUCCGGAAUCAUACGACGCGAUCGAUGUCGAACAGGUCCCGCUAUCGUCACUGCGCCAGCAUCAACGGAAAGAGUCGGACAAGAGCCAAUCGGUGGCGGCGAAUGAAGGCGACUUGAACCCUCUUAUCCAAACCCAGGACGACCCAGCUUGGUUCCAGAAUUCCAUGAAAGAUGAACGAUCGGCAUCUGCAAAACCAGCACCUGUUGACAGCGAGGCCAAUGAUGCCUUCCCGGGCUUGGGCACUCCGAAAUCUGCUGGCGGUGGUUACCGUUACGAGAAACUGUCGCCCUCAAAUCACAAACCUUCGGUGACUGAAGUCACUCAUGACCCGUCAAGUCCCAAGUCGAACCUCCCGCGAGGGCUGGGUCCCAACCAGGGCCACCCGAAACUACAGCCGUGGAGUUCAACACUGUUCGCAUGGUUGCCAGAAUUGAUAUGGUGCCUAAUAAGUAUUGCUUCAGUGGUGGGCCUAGCUAUCCUGCUCAAUCAAUUCCACGAGAAGCGUCUGCCCGAAUGGCCUCUGGGAUUGACUCUCAACACCGUGGUCGCUUUACUUGCUACUUUCGCCCGAGCCGCGUUCAUUGUACCCGUCUCUGAGAGUCUCUCGCAGUUGAAGUGGCUCUGGUUUCGCAAGGAAAGACCACUGAGAGACUUUCAAGACUUCGACGCGGCGACUCGAGGGCCAUGGGGAAGUCUCAUGUUAAUGAAGACCACCAAGGGCUGGUCACCGAGUCUCAUUUCUACCGUCGUGUUUAUCACGGCGAUACUUACGUCGACCUUGACGCAGUCUACGGUGACAUAUCCCACACGUCUGGCGCCAAUCGCCUCGAGACCAGUGCUGCCACGGGCCGUAAAGUUUUACACAAAUACUGCCAAUUUGCUGUAUGACCCGACGUCCGACUUGAAGCACGACACCAGUAUCUACACUGGCCUCAGCUACAACUAUGACACGGAGUUCCCGUUCGAACCGCCAAGAUGCCCGACGACUGAGUGCCGCUGGGAAACCUUUAGUACACUCGGAAUCUGUGCCAAAACAUGGAACAUCACCAAUCUUCUAAACGUGACUUACGGGAAAGGGAAAGAAAGCAAGAUGCUCAAGCUUGCAUCGCUACCAAACGGCGCGUAUGCUAACCUGAGCAUGCCAAACAUGGGCAUGGUAAGCUUGAGCAGCGGUAUGAAGUCUUUAUACGUCGAGCCCGAGGACUCCACGACCGAUGCCGUGUCCCAAUUCCAGAUAAUAUACUCCCUGUACGGGGGAGGAAUAGGUGCCAUGGAGGCGAAUUUCUAUUUCUGCGUUCAGAGAUAUAACGUUUCGGUACACGAAAACAUAGUCACUCGAGAACUGAUCGACGCCACGGCAGACGCCGAAUACGACUUGUUUCCCAUGCCGAACCACCCUGCCCCAGUCAACCUGACGGGGCUGAAGGUACCGGGUGAACCAGGCACAAAGUAUCCGUACGGUGGAAAGGGAAUGAGCGCAUUGCAGAGCAGCCUAGCUUCAACACCGAAUGGUUCGUACUCGCAAUUGUCGGGUUCAGCCCUUGAACGUGGACGAGCGCCGUCCCGGUAUUUUAGUAUGAUUAGCGAUGCAUACAAAAAGGCGAACGGUUCAGCAGAAAGCGUAGUGGAGGGCGCUAUUUGGAACAUUACAAACAACAUCGCCAGAAGCUUGACGAACUCGUUAUCUGACGAUCUGACCAAUGUGACGGGCGAGGCCCUCAUUACCGAGACUUAUGUUCACGUGCGAUGGGAAUGGUUGGCUUUCAUUUCGUCGCAAAUCGCACUUUCGAUUUUGUUACUGGCCAUUGCCAUUAUCCAAGGGAGGAAAGCUGGGCUUGGAGUCGUCAAGAGCUCGACCCUUCCGGCAUUCUUCGCGGUCAAUACGCAAGACAGACUGUUGUUGGAGAACGGCGUGUCCGACAAGUACAGACAGGAGGAGGCUCAGGGCAUAUUGAAGAACGGUUCUGGUAUUGGUUGGAAGUUUGGCUUGACGGAACGUGGUUGGGUGCUGAACCGUUCAUGA